GUUGUAGCCUAUCUCUCCAGGCCUUCCGCUCUAUGACAUUCCUCAAACGUUUAUGUAAAACCAGAAUAGGGAAGUGGGAUCUGACAUCUGUAGGUUCAGAGACUUUCACACGACAGACUGGACCUGAUGUGUCAGCCAUGAAAAUUCUUCUUAAAGCUAAACAUCUCACCGCCCAUAUUAACACACGUGUCUGCUGCAGAUUAUUCAGCAAAGGCCAGAAAUUUUAUGCCCCUCAGAAUUUCUCGGACUAUGAGGAUGUUAAGAAAAGUUACAAAUUAGAACUGCCGGAAUACUUCAACUUCGCUAGCGACAUCUUAGAUAAAUGGACUGCUGCUGAAAAGGAUGGCAGCAGAAAUCCCAAUCCUGCUCUGUGGUGGAUAGAUGGGCAAGGAAAAGAGGUCAAAUGGAGCUUCGAUGAAUUGGGGUUUCACUCCAGGAAAGUGGCGAAUAUACUCUCCGACGCUUGUGACUUGAAACCAGGAGACAGGGUUAUUGUCAUUCUUCCUCGGGUACCGGAGUGGUGGCUCUUUAAUGUUGCGUGCAUCAGAUCAGGUUUAGUUUUAAUUCCUGGGACAAUUCAACUUACAGCAAAGGAUAUGUUACACAGGCUGCAAACAUCAGAAGCACGGUGCAUUAUCACUAGCCAUGAACUGGCACCAGCUGUAGAUGCCAUCUCAGCCCAAACUCCAUUGCUAAAAACCAAAAUGACCGUGUCUGGAACCAGAGAAGGGUGGCUGAGUUUUCAAGAGCUCUAUAGGGUGGCUAACGACCAGCACACAUGUGUUAGGACCAGGAGUACAGAUCCAAUGACCAUUUUCUUCACUAGUGGGACAACAGGUUCUCCAAAAAUGACAGAGCACAGUCACUGCAGCUACGGGCUAGGACUGACUAUAAAUGGAAGGUAUUGGCUGGAUUUAACCCCUUCGGACGUAUUUUGGAAUACAUCAGACACAGGCUGGGCAAAAUCUGCAUGGAGCAGUGUUUUUGCUCCUUGGAUUCAGGGUACAUGUGUGUUUGCUCACUACAUGCCUCGAUUUGACCCAAGUGUAAUCUUGGAAACAUUAAAGAACUACCCUGUUUCUGUAUUCUGUGCAGCUCCAACCGUCUAUCGUAUCCUAGUGCUAUGCAACCUUGCAGGCUACAGAUUCCCGAGUCUACAGCAUUGUGUGAGCGCUGGCGAGCCUAUCAACCCUCAAGUGAUAGAGCAAUGGAAGGCCGGCACUGGGCUUUACAUUUACGAAGGCUAUGGUCAGACAGAGACUGUUCUGGUCUGUGGAACAUUUAAAGGGAUGAAGAUUAAACCUGGCUCUAUGGGAAAGGCUUCUCCAGCCUACGACGUCCAGGUCAUUGAUGCUGAUGGCAAUGUCUUACCCCCAGAUCAAGAAGGUGAUAUUGGAAUCCGUAUAGCACCUCAAAAACCCUAUUAUCUUUUUUCUCAAUACAUGGGGGACCCAGAGAAAACCGCCUCAACCCUAAGAGGAGACUUUUACCUUACUGGAGACCGAGGCAUUAAAGAUGAAGAUGAUUAUUUUUGGUUUGUUGGAAGAUCUGAUGACGUUAUUUUAACUUCUGGAUAUCGUAUUGGACCAUUUGAAAUAGAGAGCGCCUUGAUAGAGCACCCGGCAGUUGCAGAAUCUGCAGUGGUCAGCAGUCCUGACGCAAUCAGAGGAGAGGUGGUGAAAGCUUUCAUUGUCCUGUCCCCGACAUAUGCUGCACACGACCAAGAGACACUGACAAAAGAGCUACAGGAACAUGUGAAGAAAGUGACAGCUCCUUACAAGUACCCGAGAAAGAUUGAAUUUGUUCAACAUCUGCCAAAAACAGUCAGCGGGAAGAUCCGGAGGAAUGAGCUGAGAAAUAAAGAAUGGGGAAAGGCAUAAAGGCCAGUUACCACGAGUAAGACCUGCGAUUACUAGUAUGGCAUAUAUCUGGUACAGAUUCUGUCGCAUGCCAUGUUGUGCCAGAAUCUGAGACUUCUUCCCCAGUCACCCCAGGUCUAAAAAAAGUAGAUGUGGCAUGAGCGGGAAGGGGGCAAGCCAGGCAGACCAUCUCAUUCAUCAUUUUCUACGCCUGUUUAGGCACAGAAAAUGGUCUAAAUUUCAGACAGAAAGAAAGCUGUCUUACAUUAGAAUUGGCGCUGGAUACGCCGCGCCUCUACAUAACCUCCAACUAUAGCAGGGGCAGAGUGGAAACUUAAAGUGGCCUUGGAAAAAAUACU